AGCGUGGUGAGGACAGACGCUCCGAUGAUUUGCCACGGCUCCAGGUGGGAGCAGCGGGAGUUGAGCUGCCGCCGGCCUUCCUCCAGGUUUGGCAGGAUCCAGUGCAACGGCAGCAAAGGACAGAGCAGAGCAGAACAAACCCGGUUGGGCUUUCAGAACCGGCCUCUGCAGCUCUUUGGCAGACAGAAGAAGAGGGAGGGGGCCGCAUUGAAAGGCUCCGCUGCUGGUUUGGGAUCGACAACAAUCUGGUCAGCGAGUUGUUGGACUUUGAUUGUCCCCUUCAAAACGUCCUUCAAACAAAAAGCUCAAGACGAAAAUAAAGCCCCACCUGGUUCCUCUGUUUGCUAAAGUAAUAAUAAAUAGAUUUGCUUUAAUAAAUACGCAAAAGGAGCCGCAUAAAGCGGAGCGUUAAUCAGCAGCGUCGGCAGGUAUAUCACCUGUUCCGCAGCUUGUUCAGUUUAUUGUUAAAUAUUGUUAAAUCACUUUCUGCCAUUUCCGCAGCAACUGGCCUCUCGUGUUUGCCCACACUUUGCAUAAUAAGCGGGACGCCGAUCAUAUAAAAAAUCAAGAAGGGACAGACAGGUCCGAACGCACACCUGUCCAAGAUAUCCGAACAUGGAUUUGGCACCGGAUGUCUUCCAGAGACUCUGAUGAAAACUCGUCUGAACUGCAGCAGCAGCAGCGAAGGAUGUGCGACAGAAAAGCGUCAAAAACGAGCGCAGAGCAGUGCGGACCUCGCGGCAGGCGCAGAAUGAAGGCCAACGACCGGGAGCGCCACCGGAUGCACAACCUGAACUCUGCGCUGGACGCGCUGCGGAACAUCCUGCCGGCGCUGCCGGAGGACGCGAAGCUCACCAAGAUAGAAACGCUGCGCUUCGCCCGCAACUACAUCUGGGCGCUGACGGAGACGCUGCGCAUGGCGGACCAUCACGCAAACCCCGCGGCGUGGGACGCGGGAUCUCCCCCAGAGUCCUGGUGCGCCGCCGCUGCUGAUGAACUGAGCUGCAAAAGUUUUAUUCCGGUCACAAUUUAUUUCAGAUCGAUCCAUGGGGAGAAUGUCAUCAGAAACUCCUGGUAGAAACUUUGGGUUGAAAAUGUCAAACUGUAUGGAGGUAAAAUAUGGCCAUAAAGUUGGCUGUAUAAAGAUAAAAAUGAAACAGAAAAAUUAGUUUGAAACUGAAAAAAUAAAUAAAGCUGAAAAAAAUAU